AUGGCCCCUAUACAUCGAAUAUUCUCAUCGGCUAAUAACAAGCCCUAUCGAACUAAGCAACUCGAGGAAGAAAACCCCCCGUACUUAAACGAGGAUGGCUACGUCGACUUUGCACCGGGCGAUAUUCAGAACCCACAGAAUUGGUCUACUGCUCGGCGCUGGUCUGUCACAUUCUCAGCUGUGUUGCUCGUACUGAAUGCCACUUUUGCAUCGAGUUCACCAAGUGGAUGCUUUCCGUCUAUCUCAGAACACUUCCACGUAUCCGAGUUGGUAGCAGGUUUGACAAUCACCCUGUUUUUACUGGGUUACUGUGCCGGACCGCUCAUCUUCGCACCACUAAGUGAGCUCUAUGGAAGAAGAUGGAUCUUCUACAUCACCUUUACGCUAUAUCUCAUCUUUAACUUUUUGUGUGCCUGGGCACCUAACUUUGGCGCCCUCCUUGUCGGUCGUUUCCUCACGGGAACCUUUGUCUCUGCACCCCUCAGCAAUGCACCUGGCGUACUCGCAGACCUGUGGACCCCGAUCGAGCGUGGCAAUGCCAUGGCAGGGUUCUCUGCUAUGGUAUGGGUCGGGCCAGCACUAGGGCCUGUCAUUGCUGGGUUCCUCGAGCUGAAGAAGGACUGGCGUUGGAGUUUCUAUGUGCUUCUCUGGCUUGGUGGUGCAACAGCUCUCCUCAUGUUGACUAUUCCCGAGACACAUGCUCCCACAAUUCUCCUUAAGAAGGCUCGAAGAAUACGGAAGGCAAAGAUUCCUGGAUAUGAGAAUGUAAAAGCUCGUUCUGAAGAGGGUGAUCGUACACUGAAGACUGUGUACCGUAUCGCCUUGACCAGGCCGUGGAUUAUCCUUUUCGACACCAUAUCAUUCCUCUGCGCAGUCUACAUGUCUGUAGUCUACACAUUAUUGUAUAUGCUUUUCAGCAUCUAUCCAAUCGUGUUUCAGCAGCGACGCGGCUGGAACCCCGGUGCAUUCAUUGGUGGUGGCAUAGUUUUGAUUGAUACGAGAAUCCGAAAGAAAAAGAUUGAGAAUGGAGACAAACAGAUGGAGCCCGAAGAUAGACUGCCAUUGGCAAUGAUUGGAGGUGUUGGAUUUGCCGUGACCAUGUUCUGGUUUGCAUGGACGGCUGAGUACAAUUCUAUCCAUUGGAUCGUACCGACAUUGGCGGGAACUUUCCUAGCUACAUCUUUGAUGUUGAUCUUCGUGGCUUUCUUGACAUAUCUCGUCGACGUUUAUCUUAUGUACGCGGCAUCUGCUAUUGCAGCUAAUACCAUUGCUCGAUCAGCGUGCGGCGCUGCUGCCCCCUUAUUCACAACACAAAUGUUCGAUACACUGGGAGUUGGUGGUGGUGGAAGUCUGAUCGGAGGAGUUGCUACAGUUCUAGCCGUUAUCCCGUUUCUAUUCUACAGAUACGGUAGGCAGAUUAGAAUCAGAAGCAAAUUUGCACCGACCGAGGAGAAGAGCGAAGCUAGGGAGAAGGAUGAGGAACAGGCCAGCAACAAUGCCACUGUACGGAGGAACAGUAUUUUAUCUCAUUCAGAUAGGGCGAGUAGCUCGGAUACCACAGUGGCCGCAGCAUGA